AUUUCAUUUCAAUACCUGGUAGAGAAAAAUGUGGUGCGAGCAGCUGCAGCUGACAGCAUCAAACCUGUCUGCAGAGAAGGACAUGAAAUUGCAGGUGGUCGAGUCAGCUGCCUCUCGAGGGGACUCGGAUUCCGUGGCCGAGCUGCCCAUUUUGCAUCGCCCUUUGCGACCACCUCUGGCAGUGCGGUGGAGAAGCCCCUUGCCGAUGCAGCGGUGCUUGUCUCUGAGGCGCUCGCCGUCCCGGAUGGAUCGAACAGCGCAAGACCGCGAGCUCUUACAACACCACGCCGGACGCGAUUGCUGCUCCUGGGGCGAGGUCACAUGUUCUCCAUGUGCAGCAGCUCGAAGAGUUCCUGGAUCAGACACUGCCAAGUGAAAGUGAAGCAGGUUAGCAGAGUGCUUCCGUUUCAGACUUAUUUCAGCGCAG